AUGCUUGUUGACAUGGAUAAUUUAGCUACUAGAUAUAAUUCAUUAUCUCUUUUGAAAAUGAAAAUGUUAACUGAAGCUGCUGUCCAACGUUUUCUUCGUCUUUACGAACGAAGUUUUCAAUUAAUGAAAGGGCCAUUUCGAACGGUUGAAGCAAAUAAUGGGAUGGAUAAUAUGACGGUGAAUGAAUUAGUCGACAGUUUUACAUUAGGAAUUUAUGGACAACAAGUAACACAACUUCAUGCAAUCAUGACUUUGAUAGCCUUAGCUGGUAGAGGCCAGUCUGUUAAUGGAGGCAAUUAUCAGAUUUUCGAGAACAUGAUCAAAGCCAGUUCAGCAAAACUAAAAAUGAAUCAGACAGUGACAAAAAUCAUCAAAAACAUGGAAGAUGGGAAGUGGACUGUAACAACAGCAGAGUCUUCCAAUAAAUACGAUAUUGUCAUUCUUGCCACGCCUCCACAUCAAUCAAACAUCACUCUGAUCAAUAUCCGAGAUGAAAUUACCAAAGUCGACUAUGUUCAACAGCAUAUUACUUUAUUUACAACGAAUGCCACUCAUUUAGGCUCUUCUUAUAUGAAAAUGGCUACCCCUAUUUCUUUUUUUGUUACUCGACAUCUUGAACGUCAAAAUACUACUAAAAAUCUGAAACUUGAUGUGGAGGUCAUGAGCAUGUCUAAAUUACUCUAUCCCACUAAGGAACACCUUGUCAAAUUAUCCAGCCCUACGUAUUUAAAUGAUGCGAAACUCGCGAAAAUCUUUGAUGAAAAGGCUAAUAUUAGUUGGGUGUACAGAAAAAUGUGGCAUGCUUAUCCUCGAGCACCACCAAAAAACGAUGCAAACUUUCCUCCAAUCAAUCCAGAUAAAGGUUUCUAUUGUGCUAAUGCAUUUGAAAGCUUUAUUAGUACAAUGGAAACUCAAUGUUUAGCAGCACACAAUAUCAUUCGACUUCUUCUAGCUGACUAUGGUUACGAUGAGAAAGCAGCUACACUUGCUGAUAAUUAUUGGAUUGAUACAAAAAGUCACUGA